GUAAAUUUUAUCGGAUAUAAAAAGCAAACAGUGAAUGUUAGAAGACGAUAGAUCUGUUCAACUCCAUUGAAUAGAAGCCAUGAACGUUGAAGAAGAGGUUGAACGUCUCAAAGAAGAGAUCAAGCGACUCGGCAUAGCCCAAGAUGAUGGUUCUUACAAGGUAACAUUCGGAGUGCUGUUUAAUGAUGACAGAUGUGCCAACAUCUUUGAGGCGCUAGUUGGAACAUUAAGGGCUGCAAAGAAAAGGAAAUUCCUAACCUAUGAUGGUGAGCUCCUCCUCCAAGGUGUUCAUGACAAUGUCGAAAUUAUUCUCAAGCCACCACUUGUUACCACUUCAUAAGUAACCAAUGUUGUUGAAUGAUUCUACUUUUUGAUUGGGAGUGUGUACAAGUUACUGGACAUGUCCAAUUAUUUUACCCUGAAUGAUGUGUGUGUGUGUGUCUCUCUCUCUCAAAGAUUCACUUAACUUCUAUAUUAUAUUCACAUCUCCCAUUUGUGUUGUGUAACAAGUUGUAUGGUUUAUCUAGAUAUGCGGAGAAAGAGCAUUCUAUAUUAUUCACA